AUUUACAGUAUUCUUUUUGCUUCUUUUUGGGUUCUAGAAUUUUGAAGUUGUUCAGUCUACAAAUUGAAAGACUUCUGGUAGUGGUUGAUCGUGAGAUAGACUGGGAAGAAAAGACGCCAGGGAGCAUCAUAACAGAUAAAGCAUGUUGUUGGACGCUGGUCACCAGUUUCCCGGCUUAGGAGUUGGCACUUUUGCCAGGCAUCACUCAGCAAGCGAAAUGCAGGACAGAGACCUGAGUUUAGCGCAAAACAGCUUCGUCGACUCAGCGCACAUGGGGGCAUUUAAGUUGAACCACGAUCUUUCUCCAGGACAGAGCUCGGCUUUUACGUCUCAAGCUCCAAGUUAUCCAGCGGCUGCUUUGGGUGCGCAUGCAGCACAUGUUACCUCUUAUACGAGUUCGCCUUUCAACUCUACCAGGGACUUUCUUUUUCGCAGUCGCGGCUUUGGAGACUCCUCUCCGGCCAGCAGCCAGCACACAAUAUUCGGCCCCACAGCAGGGUCUCUGCAUCAUUCCCAUACAGACACUCAAGGCCAUAUAUUAUUUCCCGGGAUCCACGAUCAGCACGGGUCCCAUGGUUCUCCUAACGUCUUGAACGGACAAAUGCGAAUUGGACUACCGGGUGAAGUUUUCGGGCGAUCGGAUCAAUAUCAUCAGGUCUCGAGUCCAAGGACCGAUCCGUAUUCAGCAGCCCAACUGCACAACCAAUAUGGGUCCAUGAAUAUGAAUAUGGGUAUGAAUAUGGCAGCCCAUCACCACCACCCUGGUGCAUUUUUCAGGUAUAUGAGGCAACAGUGCAUCAAGCAAGAGCUCAUCUGCAAGUGGAUCGACCCCGAACAGCUCAGCAACCCGAAGAAGAGUUGCAAUAAAACUUUCAGUACCAUGCAUGAGCUUGUCACCCACGUCUCUGUCGAGCAUGUCGGGGGACCAGAGCAGACAAACCACGUAUGUUUUUGGGAAGAGUGCGCCAGAGAAAGCAAACCGUUUAAAGCCAAAUACAAACUGGUAAAUCACAUUCGGGUUCAUACUGGAGAAAAGCCCUUCCCAUGUCCUUUUCCUGGAUGCGGAAAGGUUUUCGCCCGAUCGGAAAACUUAAAGAUUCACAAGCGAACCCACACAGGUGAAAAGCCAUUCCAGUGCGAAUUUGAAGGCUGCGAUAGACGAUUCGCAAACAGCAGCGACAGGAAGAAACACAUGCAUGUCCAUACUUCAGACAAACCAUAUCUGUGUAAGAUGUGCGAUAAGUCUUACACCCAUCCAAGCUCCUUAAGAAAACACAUGAAGGUCCACGAAUCUUCUCCUCAAGGCUCAGAGUCCUCGCCUGCAGGCAGCUCUGGUUACGAAUCCUCGACACCCCCAGGCCUAGUCUCCCCAUCUACAGAAACUCAAACCAACACAAAUCUUUCACCAGCUUCAGCAGUGCACAGUAACAAUGGUCACACCGGCCUAUCUUCAAAUUUCAGUGAAUGGUACGUCUAAAUGGGGCAGACUCUUAAAAUGAGAUUUCCGUUUUCCAAGACUUUUAUUAGAAAAUAAACUGAACAGUUCAUGAAGAGAUGGAAAAUAACGAUAUCUGGACGCUCGAGAAACAAUGCGACUGAAAUGGUGAAAAAUUGUAUGCGAAUAGCUAAAAGAUAAAUCCGAGGAAAACAUCUACUGGGAAUCAAGGCAAAUUUGUAAAUGAAGAACUUUUACUUUCCAGUAUGGUUGUAAUGGACUGUUGAUUUUGGUGUAUCGAUGUUCCUUCAAUGGUAGCUAUUCUUUAACUGGACUCUUAAAGUAGUGCACAUACCCUAAAAGAAAAUAUUAUUUCUUUUGUAUUAUGAUGUUAAAUAUUGUGGUUCAGUUUAAAGGCAAAUUGAUUGUAAGCAGCGCAGAUAUUAACUGGAAACAGUGCCAAAGUUAACGCAUUUAACUCAGACACACAGUACUUGCUUGUGAAUGUAUAUUUUUUGUUAGCUGGAUUUAACUUGUGGUUGUGUGUGCUUUGCCAGUCCGAAUUGUGAACACUUGUCGGAGGACUGUGGGAGAAGUAAACGUUGUAUCGUUUAAAUUUCUGUAUCUCAGCCCUUUUUUGUAAAUAACCGUUGCCAUAUUUAUCCACUUAUAAUUAAAUUAUGGUAUUUACUUGCUACAGAUGAAACAAUAUUUAUAAAAACGUUUCUUAACUAUAAAUAUGUACAAUUGUGAUUUAAACUCGAACUGUUAUGCUUUUUUUAAUUUUUCAAAGUUUAAAUCGUGUUUUCAUCAUUUCAUGUGUUGAGUUUUCAGAGUUUUACUGCUUACAGAAAUAUAAUAAAAUGUGUUGCAAGUGUUUUUGUUAUA